AGCAUUUUUUGGUUGUCCUAUACUCCGAUUCCGUUGGCAAGGUACAGUUUUUAGAUGCCGCACACUGCCUUCUUCAGGCAGGACUCGAACGACUCAGCCAUGGAGCCGCUCAGGGAGCAGGAGGAGACCUUGUAUCCGCAAAUGGCGGCACACGUGGAGAGGCGAACCAAAGCCGGGCAGGCAAAGUUGCAGCCGGCCAGGAAUCAGCCGCAGCGUCAGCUUUGGGCUGACAUCACCACGGAUGACGAGGAUACCUUUCCCAGCUGGUCGCCUUCCAGCUCCAGAAAGGAGCAACAGUCCAAGGUGCUGACUGAGACCAGCAAAAAAGGCCUGAGCUGGGACCCUUUAGGCCUGGGAUCGUCUGAUAUUGCAGACGUUUUGUGGAACAAGAUGUCGAGGGCUGGAGCCAGUCCUCAAAACAAAGCCAUAUUUGACAAGUGGUCCACAGCCACGUGCUCCGCGGAGACCCUCGCAGAGACCGAGCACACAGACGAGGCCGGCAGCGUGUCCGAGUUCUCAACCACCGAGGCUAGCCAGACCGAUGAGAGUGUGGAGCAAGCGCCGCCGCAGAAAAUGGUGAUGCCAAUGCCAUUGCCAAUGCAGCCCGUGCCGAUGUUGCAGGUGCCCCAAGUGCAGCAGGUGCAGCAGGUGACGAUGCAGGUGCCGAUGCAACAGAUGCAAAUGCAGGCCCCCAUGCAGGUUCAGCAGCGCGUCAUGGUGGCAGUUCCCAUGCCGCCUAUGCACCCAGGCAUGGGCAUGAUGCCGUUCAUGCCGAUGAGCGGCCCGAACGGCAUGAACGUCAUGCCGAACAGCAUGCUUAACUUCCAGUACCCGGCGCAACAGCAAGCCCAGAACUGGCAGCAGGAGCAGGAGGAGAGCAUCCUGUCCACAGGCCCGCCUGUUGGCAAGUCCCACCGCUUCCACCAGAAGAGCUCCUGCAUGGGCGUCCUGUCUUCCGACGCGCGCACCUUCACAAAGCGCUACAACAAGGGCAGGCUGAGUAUCAUCAGCGAGAACAAGGUCCACUUCCAGGGCUCUGUGCGCUAUGCGGUCCAAUUCACUGACGGCGAGCUUUGCAGUGCGGAUGGAGUGGGCUUUAUUCUUUCGUCGGAUUUGCCCUGCACUCGGAACAUCCAGAAGAUUGUGUCCAUCUUCGCCAACCGCACAGGUCGUAUUUGUGUGCGAGUCCACGAUGAGGUGGAGCGCUGCCAGGAGCGGGUGAAGUGCCUGGAGAUCGGCGACUGGCUAGAGGUGGGUGCUGACCUGGUGAACCAGACAGUGAGCUUCACAGUGUGGCCCCAGGACGGCUCAGCCCCAUCCUUCGCCACAGUCUCCUUCAAAGAGAUCCUCAAGCAGGCCCGAGGCAAAGUGAGCGGUCUGCCUCGCAACCCUUGUGGCUUUCUGGCAGUGGUGGUCAAGCACCUGGGGGUGUCAGUGAGUUUCGGAUCCUAAUUCCGUAGAAACAGAAGAAGUGUAAAGGAAGACACGUGCGGAAGAUGCCGAACUUCGACGCACGUGUGAGUCUUUGGAGGCCA